AUGCAGCUCUUCCGCCGGGGCGCCUCUUCGCUCUUUGGCUCCUCCAACGUUUCCCUCGCCUCCUCAAGGACAGACACCGAUACCGAUGCCGUGGGAGACAAUGCGCUAGCUCAGAACGGGUUCAGAUCCAUCUCAGAAUCAGAUAAGCUAUUCAAGCAGCCAGACCCCGCAGUCGAUGGUGAUGAAUGCUUGCACGACUGCGCAACGUGUACAGUGAAAUACCCCGCCAAGUUCGACGUUGAUCAGGAGGAUGAACUCUACGGACAAGUCAAGGGAUGGGCGACACAUUUGCUGGUCGCUACCGGCAAGUCGGAUUGGGUGCGCGACGUAGCGGAUGAGGUGGGCAGUGUCAUGGAGGCCAUUGAGAAGGGAGGCAUUGAGCCAAGCAACGGGAGACUCAAGCUGUCAGCAUCAAACAUGCCCGUUCCCGACGAAUACCACACGCAUGAGACGGGCAAACAGCCCACUGAUGUGCUUCUCCUCCCCAGUUUCACCAUCGUGGAACAGGUCACCCCACAGCUAGUCCCGGACUUGAUCGAGCACUUUGUCAACAAGUCCUUGACAACGACGACGCCUCUGGGUGCGUCGCUAACAGGCCCCAGUGAGGAGGAGCCCGCCCGCCCCCAGGACCAAGACCAUGAACAGCAGCCACCACACCCGGCCAGCACAUCCGUCAUGACCCCGCUCCGUUCACAUCCCUGUCCACACGCCGCUGUCAUCCUCCUCUGCUCCCAGCGCACCCGCGAUGCCCGCUGCGGCCAGUCUGCGCCUCUUUUGCGACGCGAAUUCGAACGCCAUCUUCGCCCGCUGGGUCUGUAUCGCGACAUGAACGAUACGCGACCUGGCGGUGUGGGCAUCUACUUUAUCAGCCACGUUGGUGGUCAUAAGUACUCAGCGAACGUGAUUGUAUACCGGCGGCGUGAUAUGGAGUGGUACAAGCGGGAUGGGGCGGAUGGUAGUGAGGACAACGAGGGUGCGGCGCAGGGUAUCUGGCUGGCGCGCGUGCGGCCUGAGGAGUGCGAGAAUAUCAUCCGGUAUACCGUGUUGCAGGGCAAGGUCCUCAAGCCGGGGAAGCAAUUGCGGGGUGGAUUUGAUCGAGAACGGGGCUUGACGAGUUGGUAG